AUGAGUCUGCGUCCGUACGAGCGAUGGGACGAGUCCCUCGACGAAUUACUACGCGACUUUGCACUUGUUCCUGAAGAAGACAGCGUCAAGUGUCGCGAGGAAAUCAAGGCCAAGUUUCUCACUCCAAAAUGGGAUUUGGACAACGCAUGGCUAGCACAGGCGCAGCUACAUUGGGAUCGUGAGCCGGACUAUGAAAAUAUGCUUUCUAUGGAUCCAGCUCCAAGCACAACCUCUUUACAAUUUAUCCGCUCUGGGUUGCGCGGCGAUGUUGUUGGGUACCGCGAGGUGAUCUCCACCGAUGCCAUUCCUGAGCUGCACGACGGCGAGAAACUAAACAUGUCCAUGCAGCGCCCUGUAGGGAAUACAGGGUCUUACGUACGUGGUGCUUCCGAUGCGGUACCUUUCAAACCCGGAGGUCUUGAGGACGAUGCCGUGAACCAGCAUGGAGCGCAUGACGUGGGCGAAGAACCGACAAAUUUACGCAGCGUUCCCCCUGGAUUUAAGCAUGGUCUCCUAGACGAUAUGCAAGACGAUGGAUCUUGGAAUUUGAAUGAUAGCGUUGCACCACUGCACGAAAGCGGCUCUACGGACCACACUGUCAUUACCGCUACCGCCGAUGGCCUCUACCGCCUGCCCGAAGAAGCGCGUGCGCCGGAGAGUGAGGACGCUGUGGUAGACGAGUUACUUCCCGUCGAAUCUAUUCCGCGCAUGUUUCACGGUGUUCAGGUUCAGCCUCACCAGGAGAAACGCGAGUGGGCACAUGCGGUCGACGCGACCAGGCAAAUGACGAAUUUCGACACACUCGUCCCCUACAUGGCGCAUCAGUUUCCCUUUGAGCUGGACACAUUCCAAAAACAGGCUGUGUACCAUCUGGAGCGCAAUGAAUCCAUUUUUGUCGCCGCACAUACCUCGGCGGGCAAGACCGUCGUGGCUGAAUAUGCCAUUGCCUUGGCGAUGAAACACUUGACGCGCUGUAUUUACACCUCGCCUAUCAAAGCGCUUUCGAACCAAAAAUUCCGUGAGUUUAAGCACACAUUUGGCGCGGACAAUGUAGGCAUUCUCACCGGCGAUGUGCAAAUCAACCCCGAAGCGCCGUGUCUGAUCAUGACCACGGAAAUUCUGCGAAGCAUGCUGUACCGCGGCGCCGAUUUAAUCCGCGACGUUGAGUUUGUAAUUUUUGACGAAGUGCACUAUGUCAAUGACCAGGAGCGUGGUGUGGUAUGGGAAGAGGUGAUCAUCCUUCUUCCUUCGCACGUGAAUAUUGUACUGCUUUCCGCAACCGUGCCCAACACGAUGGAGUUUGCGGGGUGGGUUGGCCGCACAAAAAAGAAGGAUGUGUAUGUGAUUUCCACACGCAAACGCCCAGUGCCACUCGAGCACUUUUUGUACGCGGGCAAAAACUUGCACAAGGUUGUGGACGCCAGCGGCCGUUUUCUCUCUAGUGGCGUUAGCACUGCGACGGACGCUAUGAAAUCUAAGCAGCAUCUGAACGACGCACCAGGUACGCGUGGAAAAGCUCCCGUCCGGGGCCGUAGCGGCACAGGUCGAGGCGCACGCGGUGGCGGAAUACGGCGUCCCAUGAACCAGUUUCACGACAAGUCUUUGUGGGUCAAUCUUAUAGGUGUGCUGCGCAAAAAUGACUUACUACCCGUCGUGGUCUUUGUCUUUUCCAAGAAGAAAUGCGAAGAGUACGCGGAUAGUUUGCCCAAAACGGAUCUGUGCUCGAGCAAGGAAAAGAGCGAGGUGCAUGUUAUUAUUGAACGAAGCCUCACGCGCUUGAAAAAGGUGGAUCACGACCUGCCGCAGAUUUUGCGCACGCGCGACAUUCUGAGUCGAGGCAUUGGUGUCCACCACGGUGGUCUGCUCCCAAUUAUGAAAGAGCUCGUCGAGAUUCUAUUUCAGCGCGGGCUGGUCAAAGUUCUCUUUGCGACCGAAACGUUUGCAAUGGGAGUCAACAUGCCGGCGCGCUCAGUUGUCUUUAGCGGGACGAGGAAGCACGACGGCACUGCUUUCCGCGAGCUGCUACCGGGCGAAUAUACGCAAAUGUCAGGUCGUGCAGGACGUCGUGGCUUGGACGCUACCGGCGUUGUGAUCGUCAUUCCUCCCGACGAUGGCAUUGACAUCAAUAUGCUCAACAAAAUGAUGCUCGGCCAAUCGAGCAAACUCCAGUCGCAGUUCCGCAUUACGUACAGCAUGGUGCUCAACCUCUUGCGCGUCGAGGCACUCAAAGUCGAGGAAAUGAUUAAGCGUUCCUUUUCCGAAAAUUCUACGCAGCGCUUGCUCCCCGAGCAGCAGAAAAAACUGCGCGACAUCGAGACACGCCUUGGUGCGCUGGAGGUGGAGCUGAAAUCGUGCACGAUUCCCUUGCUCGACUUGGAGCGCUUGUACGACGCAUCUAACAGUGCUGUGAAUAGGAGCGAAACGCUCAUUGCACUUGCCUACCAUCAUUCACAGGGCAGCAAAUAUUUGGGCACUGGCCGCGUUGUGCUUUUGCGCGACGGUUUCUUCAACUUUACGCCAGCCUUUAUUGUACGCCAAGUCGUCGGCGAGCACUUUUUGGUGCUUGCUGCCAUGGCGCCAGACGAGCGACGCGCGAAACCUGUGCGCACUGACCUCGUCACCCCCAUGUGGGUAUCCGUGGAGCUGGUAAACAAGAUGCAGACAAAAGACCUCGUCACAGAGAUGCGCGAAGUGCCACUUUCCAGUAUUUUGUUUGUGACAACGUAUGUCGAGACAAUCAAUGCAGCUGCCAUCUAUUCACGCCGUGCCUCUGCGCUGCGCCAAGCGCUGGAGCAGCUGCGCCCGGUGAUGGACACGAUGCAUGCACAGCUGCUCGAAGCGGGACCUAACGCAGCCGUUGCCGUGACGCAAUUUGAGGCCGACUGGGCGAAGCUGCGGCGCCUCGACUUUCAAGAAGCCAAACAGGCGCGCGAUCUUGUUUUCCAAGAGCUCAUUCCCUUGCAAGCAGUGAUCCAAGCGCCUCAUUUUCUGCGCGAAUACCAGCUGAUGCACCGGCGCAAAGGCUUGGAGCACCAAAUUGCGUGCAUCAGCGCAAGCCUCUCGGAUCAGAAUCUGGACUUGCUGCCCGACUACCACCAACGUGUGGAUGUGCUCAAAGCGCUGCGGUUUAUUGAUCCUGUUGCAGAAACGGUUCUGCUUAAAGGACGCGUUGCGUGCGAGAUUAAGAGUGCGAAUGAGCUGAUUCUCACCGAGCUCAUCCUGGACAAUACAUUCAUUGAGUACGAACCCGAAGAGAUUGCUGCACUCCUGAGUGUGUUUCAUUUUCACGACAAGUCGUCCGAAGAGCCCAAGCUUCCUCUGCGGCUUGCACAGGGCUACGAACAGAUCGUCGAGGUGGCCGACCGCGUGUCGGCUGUGCAGACCGCGAAUCAACUUGCCGCGGAAGACGACGCCAACUCACUCAAGACCGGGCUUAUGUUGGUCGUGUAUGAAUGGGCCAAAGGCACCAGCUUUAACGAUAUUAUGCAUCUGACCAGCGUUGGCGAAGGUAUCAUUGUGCGCAGCAUCACGCGCUUGGACGAGACGUUCCGCGAAAUUCGCGAUGCCUCGCGUGUGAUUGGCGAUAUGGAUCUGUUCCAAAAAAUGGAGACGUGUCAGCAAAUUAUUCGGUACGUAUCUACAACAUGCUAA